GGGUUUUCGUUUCGACAAGUGACACAUGAUCGUCAUCUGAGUCUCCGGAACGGAACACUCCUGGCUCUUUAUCUAAACUAUCCGAGCAUAUAUAUAUGUAUUUUUUUGCGCUCGUGUUAGAAGCAGCUGUCUGGAGCUCCGAGUGCAGGAAGCCACACACUAGCCCCAGUGUUUGUAGCGAGUACAAUCCAUGAGUCACAGGCAGCAGGGUUUCCAGCAUCGUUUCCAUUUUUCAAACUGGGCCGGCCGCUUUCUGGGACGCGUCAACGCCAGAUAAGUCGCACCAGGAAGACAAGCGAAACAAGAGAGUCACGACUUGACUUGUGUCCCCGGAUGGAGCCGUCUAAUCUACAGAAAGCCAUCGCUGUAGCGCAGAAGGCCUCGCAACAGGACCAGGAUGGAAACUAUGAGGAGGCCAUCCGUUCCUACCAGCAUGCCGUCAAAUACUUUCUGCACAUUAUAAAACGUGAACCCCAAGGUAAAGAUGGAAACCAGAAGCUCCGAGACAAAUGUAAGCAGUACCUGGACCGAGUGGAGGAACUGCAGGAGUACCUUGUGAAUAAAGAGAAAGCCAUUGAUCUGGCCACCAAGGCAGCACAGGAGGAUAAGGAACAGAACUACGAAGAGGCUCUGCGACUCUACCAGGCGGCUGUUCAGUACUUCCUUCAUGUGGUGAAAUAUGAAGCACAGGGUGAGAAAGCUAGGCAGAGCAUCAGGGCGAAGUGUGUUGAGUAUUUGGACAGAGCCGAGAAGUUGAAGGAGUAUCUAAAGAAGAAAGAGAAGGCACCUCCUGCCAAGCCUGUGAAGGAAUCGCAGUCUGAUGACAAAGGGAAUGAAAGUGACGAGGGUGAUGAUCCGGAGAAAAAGAAAUUCCAGAAUCAGCUCUCGGGGGCCAUUGUGAUGGAAAAGCCAAACAUCAAGUGGAAUGAUGUGGCUGGUUUAGAAGGAGCCAAGGAGGCGCUCAAAGAGGCUGUCAUUCUGCCUAUCAAGUUCCCACACCUUUUCACAGGGAAAAGAACGCCAUGGAGAGGGAUCCUGCUCUUUGGACCGCCCGGAACGGGAAAGUCGUAUCUGGCGAAAGCUGUAGCCACCGAGGCCAACAACUCCACCUUUUUCUCCAUCUCCUCGUCGGAUCUUGUCUCAAAAUGGCUCGGCGAGAGUGAAAAAUUGGUCAAGAAUCUCUUCAGCCUGGCAAGGGAACACAAGCCCUCCAUCAUCUUCAUCGAUGAGAUCGACUCGCUGUGCGGCUCCAGAAGUGAAAACGAAAGCGAAGCCGCUCGCCGUAUUAAGACAGAGUUCCUCGUUCAGAUGCAAGGUGUGGGGAAUGACAACGAAGGUGUGCUGGUUCUGGGUGCAACCAACAUCCCCUGGACUUUGGACUCUGCCAUCAGAAGACGUUUUGAGAAGAGGAUCUACAUCCCGCUGCCGGAGGAGCCGGCCCGCGCCAGUAUCUUCAAGCUGCACCUGGGAACCACCCCCAACAGCCUCUGCGACUCUGAUUUCAUCACCCUGGGCAAGAAGACAGACGGGUAUUCCGGCGCGGAUAUUAGUAUUAUCGUCCGAGAUGCUCUGAUGCAGCCAGUCAGGAAGGUCCAGUCGGCGACCCACUUUAAGAGGGUACGAGGGCCUUCCCGGGCAGACGCCAACGUUAUCGUCGAUGACCUUCUGACCCCUUGCUCGCCUGGAGAUCCCAAUGCCAUGGAAAUGACAUGGAUGGAAGUCCCCGGAGAGAAGCUGCUGGAGCCGAUUGUUUGUAUGUCGGACAUGCUGAGGUCUCUGUCCAACACCAAGCCCACCGUUAAUGAACAGGACCUGGAAAAACUGAAAAAAUUCACGGAGGACUUCGGACAAGAGGGCUAGGUGGCGUCUUGCACGCUGAGACAAACCAAAGCAAAGAAUCUAUUUUUACUGUCCACUUUCUUUUCCUCUCUCAUCCUAACUAUUCGUGAAGCCUUGCUGUUAAUUAAAUAUUGCCGAUGUUAUUCUCGUGUUUUUUUUUUUUUGUUUUUUUUUAUGAUCACCUGACCAACAAUUUGACGCUCAACUCUUCAGAUAAAUUCUCAGAGAAAACAAUGUCGAUUCGGGAACUACAUCUAAUUUACGUCAGUGCAUUAGUGUCACUUAUGUUUUUCUUUUUUUUUUUUUUUUUUUUUUUUU